AUGGCAGUUUCAGAAAAUCUGUGGACACAGCAGAUGUGGGUAAUAAUGGGGAGGUUUUGUGUCCCGUACCAGGUGUUGUCUUACAACAAUGGAGUUGUGUCCAGCAAUCCCAGAGUGUCUCUGCUCUACCCCAUGCCCUCCCGAAAUGUGUCACUUCGGCUGCAGGACGUCCAAGAGGGAGACUCUGGGUCUUACCGUUGUACUGUGAAUAUUUUUGGCAGUCAACCCAAAAAUAAUGUCUACCACCUCAUAAGUUUGGAUCUGGAUGUGCUGGUUCCUCCUGCUUCUCCGUCCUGCCAUCUCCAGGGCGUGCCCCGUGUGGGGAACAAUGUGGCCCUGAGCUGCCAGUCCCCAAGGAGUAAGCCUGCUGCCCAAUACCAGUGGGAGAGGCUGCUCCCAUCCUCCCAGGUCUUCAAUCCACCAGUUUUAGGUGAGAGAACCUCUUGAAACAACUGAGACUAA